AUGGCCAAUUACUAUCAUGACGAAGAUGACGUUGACAUUCACGUCCGCCACCGUGGCUACACUCCCUAUCCCAUCAGCUAUGUUCAGAGCCAGCCGCGUCCCCGAAGUUACCAAGGCGUCGGCGCCACGGGGCCUAGCUAUUUCAUUCCGGAACGACACACAACUGUAAUGGCUCGUUCUCGGUCCCGCUCACGAACCCGCCGGGCUAGCCCUCCCCUUGUCGCCCCUGUUCUGACCCCCGCCAACCCCGUGAUCAUCAAUAAUCGUAUUUACAACGAUUGCUCGUCAGACGACGAAGCGGUAAGCGGUCAUCGCGGGCACCCUGUCUGUCACGGCCACAGCCCUGACCCACGCUCGCGCUCGCGCUCGUCAGCCUUCAGGACGCGAGAGGACUGGGAGUCGGAGCAUGCUCGUCGUGAGCUUGAACAGUUACGGCUUGUGUAUUCUCACGACAAAGAAGAGCGUCGCUUGGCAAAGGAGUAUCGCGACGAGGGAGAACUUCGUCGAGCUAAGCGCGAACUUGAUGACAUGAAAAAGCGCCAGGCUCUCGCGGACGAGGAGGCGCGAAUCAAGAAGGAGCUUGAGUUGAAGCGUCUUCAAGAAGAAGAGCACGCUGCCCAAGAGAAGAAACUCCGUGAGAAGGAGGCCACUGAAGCCGUUGAGCGAUACAAGAAGCAUGAGGCCAAGCGCAUCGCCAAGGAAGCGAUGCAGAAAGAAGAGAACGAUAAGGAAUAUAAGCGUCGGCUACAGGACGACCUCCUUAAUUCCGGUCUAGAUGAGACGACAAUUGCUGCCAUCAUCAACAAAUCAACAGGUUAUGGGUCCACCAUGGAGCCAGGCGUCCGACCUACGUAUACUCGCAUGGCCCGCCGGCAUUUAUCCAUUGAAACCUUGAGGACAUUCCGCGUCGAUUUUGACUUCGAUCCAGAUCCGGAGUAUAUAUUAGUCAAGAGAUGGGUACCUGAAUGGGAACAGGAUCAAUUUUGGAAACAUACCAAGAUCGUUCGCGAGAGGCGCAGCGGCGGUGGUAUGCUGCUGUUUGAGGACAAGAAGCACCGCCACCUCGAGCCCGAGUUUGAAUGGGUCCGCAAGAAAAGCGACCGUAAGAGGAGCAAGUCACCUGGCCUUCUUAUGUAUCUCGCCGGUGGCCGGCCCGCAUGA